CGCUAACAAAAGCCUUUUAUCUCUACAGCUGUGCUCGUUGUUCGCUUCACUCCUUCCUUAAUCCAACUUAUUGAACAUAUUGAGCUGUGCUCUUUAUUCCAUAUAAACUACUUUUUAAUUCCGUCCUCAACGAUCUUUUUUAUACCAACACCCAAAAACCUACCCCCUUCAACCAUCAAAAUGAAGUUCUCCGCCAUCAUCGUCAGCGCUCUGGCCGCUUUCGUCACUGCUGCUCCCACCAGCACCCCUGAGGCUACUACUACUGAGCUUCAGACUCGCGCCUUCGCUUUCGACCUGAACGCGUUCAACAACUUCCAGUUCGUGAACCAGGACCUUGCCUACCUGAACGUUCUGAACCAGUUCGCGUUCAACAACAUCCACGGUCUCGCUGUCAACAACGGCCUCAACCUUAAUGCUUUCCAGGGCCUGUUCGCCCAGCAACAGUUCGACCUCAACAGCCUGCUCCUGCUCUCGCAACUGCACACCUUCAACCAGAUCGCCUCGCUCGGUGUCCUCAACAACUUCAACCUCCAGGCCUUCCAGUUCCAGAACUUCCAGCUCGGCCUGCUGCAGCCCGGCUUCAACCAGAUCCAGCUCGGCCAGUUCAUCACCCCCACUGUCGGCACGCAAAUCGGUGGCAUCGCCAAGCAGCAGAGGGGUUUCAUCCUGUGAAGAACUUGACGACACCUCUCAGUUCUACACAAAGACCCAUGGGAUGAAGGUACUUCUAGUUCGGGCCUCGCCGCCUGGGGUAGCUGGUCCUUCCUCCUAGCAAACCAUCUCCGCUUCUAUUUUCUUGGCCUGUCGAUCACCUUACAACCUCUUUCUUCCUUUUAUUGAUUUU